GCAUUUUUAUAAUCAAUGACAAUGGUUGAGUUAAAGAAAGUUAGUUCGAUAUGGAAGACAACAAAUGCAUCGUCGACAAUUGCAAGAGUUUUAAUAACAAUAAGAUUGAAACUCAACCAUUGCGCUAUAAAAAAGGUAUCAUUACCAUUUUCACCACUCGUUGGUGGUAUAUUAGGCACAUACGUGACUCCACGUAAUGCUUGUCCGGGUGUCACCGAUCUGGCUAUGCCUGUUGCUGUACAAUCUGGCCUCAAUGUUGGCAUAGCAAUUAAAUUUGCUGGUUUUGCAGGCGGCGGUGGUGGAGUUGCCCCGAUACCCCUUGGCAGACCCCGCCCUGCGACUCUAGCACCUCCUAAGGGUAAGCAAAUUUUAGCUGCAAUUAUUUUUUACACAGUUUCGCUUCUUGUUUCAUCAAAAUAUAUAUGUAUAUAUAAUAAUAUUGAAAAACUAGUUAACUUCGUAGAAAUUGUAAUUGCAAUUGCAAUUAUGGCUUCGUUGCAGCUGAUUCGAAAUGGAUCUAGGCUCAUAACUGUACCGAUUAUUCAGAAUGCAUAUUUUGUACGCAAUAAAUACUAUUGUGUUACCAAACCAGAACAAGAAAUGAAUCUUGAAGACCAUGGCAACUCAUUUUUUUUUCUUGAAAUUUUUCGUGGAAUUGGAAUUGCAAUGUCUCAUUUCUUUCGAGAACCAGCAACGAUAAAUUAUCCUUUUGAAAAAGGUCCUUUGAGCCCAAGAUUUAGAGGGGAGCAUGCACUGAGAAGAUACCCAUCUGGUGAAGAGAGAUGUAUCGCAUGUAAACUUUGUGAAGCUAUAUGUCCCGCUCAAGCUAUUACCAUUGAAGCAGAAACAAGGCAAGAUGGAUCUCGUCGUACUACGAGAUACGAUAUUGAUAUGUCCAAGUGUAUUUACUGUGGCUUUUGUCAAGAAGCGUGCCCAGUAGAUGCAAUCGUAGAGGGACCAAACUUUGAGUUUUCUUCAGAAACUCAUGAAGAGAUGCUCUAUAACAAGGAGAAAUUAUUAAAUAACGGAGAUAAAUGGGAAUCUGAAAUAGCCAGCAAUAUACAUGCGGAUCAUCUUUAUCGUUAACGAGAUCCAUGUAGUUUCGUUAAUUCACGUUAGAAUAUUAUUUAAUAAUGUUAUAAAAUUUAGUAUAAAACUAGCAUUUGCACGGAUAAAUAUUUAUCUGAAAUAAUGAAAAAUAUAUGUCUUUGUGCUAUGGAGCUUAUAAGUGUUUAUAACAAUGUUCUAUUUUUGUCCAGAGAACAUUUGAUAACAUUCUAUUAUUUAGGAUAACAAAAAACAAUUUUUGUAACGGUCAGGGUAAAAUAAUUUUAUUUCAGUAACUUAUUUCUUUCGGUUAGAUCAAAAUUGUUGCUUAUAUUUUCGAAUAGAACAAUAUAAAAUAAAAGUCAAUAAUUUUAACAUUUCUUUACAUGUUAAUUUGUAUUUCAUAUUUUAUGGGCAACUCUUAUUUGUAUAAAAAUUAUUUUCGUUAUGUAAAUAAUAAAUGAUAAAUUAAAUAUUUUUA